ACGAAUGGACAACUUUGAGGUCGUAUAUCUUCGUGUAAGACUUAAAUUCGCUAAGCUGUACACAACCUUUCAAUUACGUACACUGGUUCUAAGCUGCAGCAAAGUAAGCACUUUUUGUUCUUCUUCAACAUUUUUUUUAAUCUCAGUGUCAACUCUUUUCUUCUCCUAAUGAAGCUCCUAUUAUUUAUCCUAUGCUUGUCUAAUCCAUUCUAUAUCACUUCUACCUUGAAUUCGGAUGGGCUGAUUCUAUUGUCUCUCCUCAACCACUGGACUUCUGUGCCUCCUUCUUUGAAGUCCAGCUGGAAAUCCUCUGAUUCUACCCCUUGUUCUUGGAUAGGAAUAAAAUGCGACCGCUACAGCAACGUGGUCUUCUUAAACCUCACUGCAUCUCAGAUUUUUGGACAGCUUGGGCCAGAAAUUGGACAGUUGACUCACUUGCAGAACCUUUCGUUGGCAAUAAAUGGUUUCUCAGGAACAAUACCCCCAGAGUUAGGCAAUUGUAGUCUGCUUGAGUAUAUUGAUCUUUCUAAGAAUCAAUUGUCUGGAAAAAUGCCUCCAGAAAUUGGAAACUGCAAAUCUUUGAAGUCGUUACGUUUGUAUUCCAAUCAACUAGAGGGACCAAUUCCAAAUAAGUUGGGAAUACUAAGUCAGCUGGAGGACCUUGAAUUGUAUUCCAACCAUUUGACAGGCAAAAUUCCAGUUACCAUUUGGAAGAUUCAGAGUGUCAAGCAUGUCCUUGUUCAUGAUAAUAACCUCACCGGGAAAUUGUCUUCUGAGUUGACAGAGCUCAAGCAUCUGAAAAAUAUCUCAUUGUCUGACAACCAAUUCUUUGGACCAAUUCCUCAAGGUUUGGGAAUCAAUAGUAGUUUAGUGAUGCUAAGCUUGAUGAAUAAUACGUUCACUGGUAACAUCCCGCCAAAUCUUUGUUUUGGAAAGCAACUGCGCACGCUGUAUUUAGGUCUUAAUCAACUUCAAGGGGGCAUACCUCAAGAUUUGGGAAAGUGUGCAACUCUUGCACGGUUAGUUCUCAAUGACAAUAAUCUUUCAGGGUCUAUUCCUAAAUUUGAAGGUAAUCAGAAUCUUAUAAUCAUAGACAUUAGCAAGAACAACAUCAGUGGAGUAAUUCCAUCGAGUUUGGGGAACUGCACAAAUCUUAUUGGUUUAAUGUUGUCCACGAAUAACAUUAUAGGUCUUAUACCCUCAGAGCUAGGAAACCUUGUGAAACUUCAGGUUUUAAAUCUUGCUCACAAUAACCUAGUAGGUAUUUUGCCACUGCAACUGUCAAACUGUACACAAAUGUCUACAUUUGAUGUAGGAUUUAAUUUUCUUAAUGGUUCAUUCCCAUCAAGCAUAAGGAGCUGGACUAGAAUAAACAGAUUGAUUUUAAGAGAGAAUCAUUUCAGUGGGUUUGUCCCAUAUUUCUUCUCAGAGUAUGCUCAGCUUCUCGAGCUACAACUUGGUGGAAAUAUGAUCCAAGGAACAAUUCCUGCAUCAAUUGGAUCAUUGGUUCACUUGUAUGAGUUGAAUCUGAGCGCUAAUAAAUUAACAGUUGGGAUCCCCCAAGACGUUGGGAAGUUGAAAAUGCUAGAAAGUUUAGAUAUAUCCCUGAACAGUUUGACAGGGAGCAUACAAAUUCUUGGUGAACUUGUUUCAUUAACAGAAGUCAAUAUAUCUUACAACUCAUUCUUCGGUCCUUUACCAGAAAGGACGAUUCAACUACUGGAUUUAUAUCCAUCGUCAUUCUUUGGCAAUCCUGGCCUUUGUGUUAGUUGUUCGACUUCAGAUGGCCCGAGUUGCAUAAAAACUAGCCAUUUGAAGCCAUGCGCCACUAAUUCAACUGACCAAGAAGGCAACAAGCAUUCGAAUUUAGUAGUACUUGGACUAAUAGUGUUUGUCAUUUGCUGGUCAUCUAUCAUUUUCCUGUCAAGCGUAAUUUACCUAUCAUUUGUCAUUUACAUCCGCCAGUUUGGUCAAAUAUCUUACAUGGAGGUCAAUGUUAACUGUGAAGAGCAAGAGGCUUUGUUUUCAAAUCACGAGGGGGGUUUUAGAAUUAUUGACCUAAUGGAUGCUACAGAUUUUCUACAUGAUCGAUAUAUAAUUGGUGAAGGAGGGCAUGGGAUUGUUUAUAAAGCUGAACUUGGUGUUGGAGUUUUUGCUGUUAAGAAGGUUAAACUUGCAGGGAGCAAUAGGAGGAAAUUGAACUUGGUCAGAGAAAUUGAAAUGACUAAGAACUUUAGGCAUCAAAAUCUAGCAAGAUGCUUAGGCUCUUGGAUAUGUGAAGAAUAUGGUCUAACCAUCAGCAGGUGCAUGGAAAAUGGAAGCCUUAACGAUGUUUUGCAUGAAAGCAAUCCACAAACAUGCUUAGCUUGGAAUGUUCGCUAUAAGAUUGCUAUUGGAAUAACAAAGGGAUUGGCAUAUCUCCAUCAUGACUGUGAUCCUCCCAUAUUGCAUCGAGACAUCAAACCAAAGAAUAUACUUCUUGAUUCUGAUAUGCAGCCUUGCAUUAGUGAUUUUGGUAUUUCCAUUACUUUGGACGAGUUUGCUCUGGCACGUUUGCGGUCAACAUAUCAUCUAGGUACUCGUGGGUUUAUGGCACCAGAGAUAGCAUGUCUGGGAGUUACGAGCUGUGAACUUGAUGUAUAUAGUUAUGGGGUGCUUUUGCUUGAGCUGAUAACAAGGAAGAAAGUAUUGGAUUCCUCAUUUAUGGAAGAGGAAACCACUUUAGUAGUGUGGUUUAAAUCUAUUUGGAAAAGAACAAGAGAACUUGAAGAGAUUGUUGAUUCAAGCAUUGCAAGGGAGAUUUCAGAUUUAAAUGUAAUGGUGCAAGUUAUGAAGGUACUUUUGGUGGCUUUAAUGUGUACUGAGACAAAUCCAGGAAAGAGGCUGAAAAUGAGAGAUGCUGCUGAAUUCUUUGAAACAUCCAUUGAUCCAGGAAUUUUUGUUCAACACGACAGAGCUUCAUUUCAUUUGGGGAAUUCUCUUGCUACUGCAGCAGCCUCCAUAUUUUUUGAGGAGGAAGUCGAUAUACCUGCCAGUGAAGGUUCUUUCCCAAUUCUUCACAUACUGAUGGACGCUAAUACAAACCCAAACAAUCUGAAUAUCAUCGGCAGAGGAACUCAUGGAGUUGUUUAUAAAGUUCCACUAGGUCCAGUCCUAGUUUAUGCAGUAAAGAAGGUAGCAUUUGCUGGGAACAAAAGGAAGAUCCAAAGCAUAGUUAGAGAAGUUAAAAUCCUUGGAAAGAUUAGGCACCCAAAUAUAGUCAGAUUGCUAGACUUUUCGUUUACAAAGGACUAUUGUCUAAUCUUGUACAAUUACAUGAUAAAUGGAAACCUUCAUGAUGUUUUACAUGAAACGAACCCACCUCCAUCCCUGGAGUGGAAUGUCCGUUAUAGGAUAGCUGCUGGAAUUGCUGAAGGAUUGGCUCAUCUCCACUAUGUGCGCCUUCCCGCCAUAGUGCACUGUGACAUCAAAGCAAAAAAUAUACUUCUGGACUCUGAUAUGGAGCCCCAUAUAGCUGAUUUUGGUAUUGCCAAGCCUUCGGAUCAAUCUUCUUCUUCAACACCAUCUUCACCUGUUUCAGGCACACUAGGUUAUAUAUCACCACAGAAUGCAUAUACAACAGCAAAUACUAGGGAGUUUGAUGUCUACAGUUAUGGGGUAGUGUUGCUUCAGUUAAUAACCAGAAAGAAGGCAAUGGAUCUAUCAUUUAUGGAGGGAACUGAGGUAGGAAUUUGGGUUAGAACUCUGUGGGAGGAAACAGGAGACAUUCAUAAAAUUGUUGAUUCAAGCCUUGCAGAAGAGGUUAGGAGGAAUUCAGAUGUACUUGAACCAGUUACCAAAUUGCUUUUGCUGGCUCUGAGUUGCACAGAGCAGAAUCCACACAUGAGACCCACAAUGAGAGAUGUUACCAAGCAAUUACAAGAUAAAGAAAGCUUCCAAGUUCCAACUCCUUAAUCCAUAGCUGAUCCACCCAUGUAAGGCACAUGAUUUUACUUUGUUUCUUCUCUCAAGCAGUGAAGUAACUUGCGCAGCUAGCUUCCAUGUUCUAAUUAACUCCUUCAAUUUUGUAAAAGAAACUGCAAUGGUCAAUUCCUUGUCAUGUAAGCAAAUUUAGAAUGUCAAAUAAAGUUUCAAAUUUGUGUACCUAUACUGUUUAAUGAUUAAUCUGACAAAUUACAUGCUUUCAAA